AUGGCACUAGCUUUUGAUCCUGCACUUUCACAUCACUACAAGCUUCUUUAUCAUGUUCGCAAAGAUGAUGAUGUUACACAUGUUUAUGUAGAGAUUUAUUCGUCGGAAACAUGUACUUGGAGGGCUUAUGAUAAGACUUUUAGUUCAGUAUCUUUCGUGGCGUUUGAUCACAGCGCAGUUUAUUGGCGUGGCGCCAUUCAUUGGCUGUCGCGUAGAGCCGUUUAUCAUUUUAGUUUAGAAGAUAUAGAUAAUCCUCACUUUAUACAAGUUGAAAACCACAAAACCAUGCAUGCAUAUGGUGGUUAUGAUAAGUUAUUGGUGUCGCGCGAUUGCCUGCUUCUUGUUAUGAUGCUCCAGCCUCUAAUGGUGGAUGUGUAUGAAGUGGAAAAUGAUUGCUAUUCAGGGUGGUGUUUAAAGUACUAUGUUGAUCUUGAAUUUGUUGGAAACUUUCCGGGACCUGAGGUCGAUGUACUAGCGAUUGUGCUCGGGGACAGAGAAGAGGAUUCGUUUCUUGUAUUGGAAGUGCCCGGGAUUAUGCUUGUGAAAUACAAUAUCAUGUCAAAGACUUUCUAUCAGCUUUGUAACCUCACCCGAAUUCAAAUUCUCCCGACAAAGUUUUGUAGCUUUUUGUUCACCCCAUCUCUUGUUGGCGUUUAA